AUGCCAAAGUUUGAAUUGGAUUCCACUUGGUUUGAGUACCCACCAACAUUAGUACAAGCCAAGAAGGGAGAUCAUGAGAACAACACCAAUAAGGGUGUCAACAAAAGGAGCAAUAGCAAUGACAAUGACAAAUCCAAACGGCACGACCCAGACGCUUUUAUCCCAAAAUCAAUCGUCAAACUUCGGAUCAAAGGAUCCGCGAAAAUCAUCCCAUCUUCCACAUUUGCCGAGCAACCGAAAUUGACCUAUUUGGAAAUCCAAGAGGGCGUUGAGAAAAUUGGCGAUUAUUGUUUCUACAACUGCCCGUAUUUAUUUGAAGUCCACUGUCCUCUGUCGCUUGGACAAAUGGGAGUGUAUGCCUUUGCGCAAGCCACCUUGUUGACCGAAGUCACAUUGCCAUCCUACGAUAGCAGCAGCAGCAGCAGCAACCUACCAUCCUUGUCCAUUAUCCCCGCAUCGGCCUUUGAAUAUUGCGAAUCCUUGACGACGGUCCAUAUCCCAGCGUCGGUAAAAAGCAUACAUGGGUUUGCCUUUUUUCAUUGCACCAGUCUGGUGGACAUUCAAUUUGAAACCAAAACGUGUUCCCCACGAUUGUUGGGACUGGUAGAAAUUCACGAUCAAGCCUUUGGUAGCUGCGCUGCCUUGACCAAAGUCAAGCUUCCCUCCACGUUAUUGAAGUUGUGUGGCAAUGCCUUUUCGGAUUGCAUUCGAUUGCAAGAAAUCAAAAUGCCAGAAGGAUUGCAAACUGUCGAACGAGGGGCCUUUCGUGGAUGUACCUCGUUGAAACAUUUGGAAAUACCGAGUACGGUGGAAGAUUUUCAGCUGGAAGAUCACACCAACUUGGAAGGAUGUCAUCCCCGUCUCAAGGUCUGGCAACGAAGUCGGGAUGAUGUCUUUUUUGGAAUUGGAAGCAUGGAUAAAGACCUGUAUAGUUCCGACAAUAACUUUUACAAGGCAGCGACAAGGAAUGUCUCGGCAGCUUCCAUGAGAAUGAGACAGAGCAUUGAUUCGUCCAUUCGGACCUCCAUGAACGGUAAUGACAAAUGCUUUCAGCUUUGCUCCAUCAUGUAA